AGCAAAAAAAUAUUUGUCAUCGCGUCUCUUUUCAUUCGUGCAACGUAAAUCUCCAUCCGAGCUUCGCACUGUAUGCGUACUGGCCUUUCAAUCAACGUACACACUCGAUUUUAUUUUUUCCUCUCUUACAGUCAAACCAAACCAACGAUUUGAAUAUUUGAUGGGCAUCGUUAAACAUUGAAAUAAGCUUGCGGGGCGUUUGGCCACCACCACCGCGAAAAUGUUGUCGGCUAAAUACACAAGGAUCCAUGGCAUGCGUAAUGAGCGCUGGACUACACGCGAGAAGAUACUUCAGUACCGCAGCAUUCUUAAACUUCAUGCUCGCGACAAAAAUUUACAAGGGAUCAACGGAGAAAAAUUCAAGCGAAAAAAUCAUCGUGAUCUGAAAGAAUUAACGAAAGACACAAGUAGCUACCGUGAAAUUUUGAAAGAUGUCAUAUUCGGAGAUAAGCGAUUACUCCGAUCGAUAUUUCAAACUGAAAAAGAUUUCAAAAUUCUAUUACAAGACGCCGUUCCAUUGGAGGCUUACAGAGCGGUGUUUCAAGAUUAUAACUUCCAUCGUAAACAACUGGAUAAACUGCAGUAUCUCAAAGCAAAAAAACGAAAGGAUUACUGCUUCUGGCAGUCAGAGUACGCAAGGCUGAGUGACGCGCUCGAGCAUAAAGACGAGAUCACUAAAAGUGAGGAACAACAGCUUAAACGUCAGCAGCAACUAUUUGCUCGCUAUCAAGUUGCACUUGCCAAGCGACAUGCUGCUAAAGCCAUCUCCGAUACUUAUCAAGAGAUUCUUGAUAUUUUGAAAAAGGAUUCGAUGUACUUCGACGGUGUGCUGAACGCUUUACGCGCAGACCAACGUGACCAAUGUCGAGUGAUUUAUAAGACGACUCUGAUGGGUCAACUUGCCAUUGAGAACCUCGACGACAUACGGCAGAAGUACAAGGCCAUUGCAAAGGACGUCUGGAUUAACAUGAAGGAACGCGAAAAGGAUCUCGAGCUCGCUAGGAACAGAGCUGAGGACGUUUGGGAAUAUGCAAAGUCACUUGUUAGAAUGGAGAGUGAUCCUAAUCUAACAACGAAAAAGGAUACUUCGGCAGAAGAAGCCAAGCUGAAACAACAAAUUGAGAACCUCGAGAAAAUUUUCGACAAAAUGAAAGAUGCAAUGCUGAUACGAUCCUACAAAGAAUUGUUUACUAGAUUGGAAGACCAGGUGAAGCAUAGAGAGAGUUUGUCGAAUCUUUAUCAGCGCAGCGUGAAAGAGAGAAAUUGGAUAAUGAACAAAAAAAAUCACGCCGAGUUGGUUUUACAAAAUUUAGAGCACUCGGUCGUCUCGACCACUACCAAAUACAGAUCAGAAAAGAAAGGAAUGCUUGAUAAAAUCAAAGAAGAGAAAAAGCGUUUGAAAGAUAACAACGAAAUGAUCAAAUCGCGAGGUGAAUUGUUGAUGAACAUAAGAGUGGCGUUACAAAGUAUGUCGUCAAUGUUGAUUUGCGUGAAUCCUGCGACUGCGAAACCAUAUGGAAAAGUUAAAGAGAAGAGAACUGCUAAAGAAGCUAGAGAAGCUAAAGAGAGAGAGGCUAAAGAAGCCGAAGAGCAGUUGGAAGCGAAUAGCGAGGAUGAUAAGUCGAAAAAAGUUUGCGGUGAUACUAUUGAAACUGAAGGAUUGGCAGUGCUUACGCAAGUGUCUCGUAAAGCAAAUGCUUUGUUCAUGAUGACAAACUUCCCGAUGAACAAAGCGAGAGAAGAAAAAUCUAGAAAUGAAUACGCUGAUUAUAUCACUGAGUGUCGUGCGAGAAUGAAAUUCGGUGAUGGAGAUGUUGAACAAUCGGGCAUAUUCUUUGAACAUGAAGCAGUAGAUCCAACUGUACCAACCCGAGCUCAAAUCAAAAUGCAAAGUAAAAAUCUGGUCGAAGCGCAUGCCAGUAAGGACGACUAAUAUGAGUCACGACUCAUCAUGAAGAACAAAGAUUUUUAACAACGAUUCUGUAUUUUAUUUGUACAAUAAUUAUUUUUUUAAAAUGUCUACAAAAAUCACACAAAGUCGAAUACUCGA